AUGAACAGGUUCCACGACAGGCAGCACGUGUGGGUGCGGAGCAGCGUGCACGGCACGUACCUCAACGCCGACAGCGACGGGAGGAGCGUCUCCCUCCGCCGGCGCCGCGCGUCGCUCAAGGCGGCGUGGGCGGUGCACAUCUACCAGCACGGCGAGGGCGACGUGCCGUACCUUCUCCUCUACAGCGCCGCCUACGGCCGCUACCUCGCCGCCACGGCCACGCGGGCGCCGCUCGGCCACGUCGGCUUCCGCGCCGAGCAGCGCGACUACGACGAGCCGGUGCUGCCGGCCAUCAUGUGGCGGGCCACCCACACGGGCUUCGGGGGCGGCGUCUUCCUCCGCAACGUCGGCGGCCGCUACCUCCGCGCCAACGGCAAGUACCUCCGCUGGAACAACGGCGUCACCGUCGACGACAUGGACAAAGUCAGCACCAUGAUGUACUGGACCGUCGAUCCCAUCCCCCUCAGAGGAUCGGACAUGCCUCAGCCUGGCUUCGCUGCCCCGAUUCCGCGAGGGGUGUGGAGGCUGAUCCGGUUCGUGCGAGCGACCGCCGAGGGGGCCUACGCCCAUAACGGCAACGGCUGGUCCGAGUUCCAUUUCAGGGGAAGGUACGUGUACCACCUGAGGAACGAGCUGGUCAAGCGCAUCAACGCCGAGGUGCACUUGUUCGAGCUCGCCAUGUGCAUCCGAGCGGGCCGCUACGGGCGUUUGACCCCGCUCAUCACCAACCUGCCCCACGGCGGCAGCGGCGAGACCCUCCAGAUUGUCGUCUACCUGUCCGAGACCCCUGCCUAUGAUGAGCUAGAGCACCCGGAUGUCUACUCGGAGUAG